CUUAGUACCUACUUAAUUGCUCAUUAAAGUCACCUGACAUCGCGCAUGUAUGACGCGGAUCUCGACGCGUGCCAAUCACUGGCCCGCCGACGACGAGUCUUUGCUUUUUUGGAAGACCCGAUUCCUACUUCCCCAUCCGCCCCCUCCUCGUUCCAAUCUUUCGAGAAUUGAUCCUUCUUGAUACGCAUCUCGUCGCGAAGAUCAUUCACCUCGGCGCAAAUUGAGAAGAAGAGAAACCAAAAAUCAUGCCUCCUCGCACUUCUGCACGCAGAAAGGCGCAAGCAGUCGUCGAGACCAAGGUCGAAGAGACGACCACUACGAAGACGAACGGCGCCAAGACCACGACAGUCGCUGCAACGACGACGAAAACCGUAGCCGCAGCCAAGAAAACACCAGCAAAGCGCAAGGUUGUCUCAGAAGACGAACACGAGGCCUGCGGAAGCUGCGCCGAAGAAGAGGAAGAAAAGCCCGCAAAAAAGAGAAAGACCACAGUAGCGAAGGGCAAGGCGAAGAAGGAGGACGAUAUGCCAUUGGCAGAUAGGACAACAGUGUCUUCGCUGAAAAGGACGAUGUACAUUGGCGCCCACGUCAGCGGCGCUGGCGGUGUACAAAACUCGAUCCAGAAUGCCGUCAAUAUCGGUGCCAAUGCUUUUGCCCUCUUCCUCAAGUCGCAAAGGAAGUGGGAGAGUCCUCCCCUGGCAGCCGAUGCCAAAGACCAAUUCGUGUCACUUGCAAAGGAGAAUAAGUACGAUGUCGCCGCACAUGUCCUUCCCCACGGCUCAUACCUCGUCAACCUCGCCCAAGCGGAUGCCGAUAAGGCGAAGCAGGCAUACAAGAGCUUCAUAGAUGACCUUCAACGGUGCGAGCAGCUGGGCAUAAAGCUAUACAACUUCCACCCAGGCAAUACUGGAGGGGAGGCUCGCGAGGAGGCGUGCGGGCGCAUCGCGGCGCAGCUCAAUACCGCGCACAAGGCGACGAAGAAGGUGAUUACAGUGUUGGAGAACAUGGCAGGCACCGGCAAUGUCAUUGGUACAAAGUUUGAGGACUUGAAGCAAAUCAUUGACAAGGUCGAGGACAAGGAGCGAGUCGGUGUGUGUAUUGACACUUGCCAUGCCUUUGCGGCAGGAUAUGACUUGCGGACGCCUGAAAAGUUUCAUGAGACGAUGAAGGAGUUUGACGAGGUCGUUGGCAAUAAGUACCUCAAGGCGUUCCACCUCAACGACAGCAAGGCACCCUUCGCCUCCCACCGCGAUCUGCACGCCAACAUUGGCACUGGCUUCCUCGGCCUCCGCGCCUUUCACACCCUCGUCAACCACGAGCCCUUCCAGAACCUCCCCAUGGUCCUUGAGACGCCCAUCGACCACAAGGACGCAAACGGUAAGACCGUCGAGGACAAGAAGGUCUGGGCGGACGAGAUCAAGCUCCUGGAGAGCAUGAUUGGCAUGGACGCCGAGAGCGACGAGUUCAAGGCGCUCGAGGUGGAGCUGCAGAAGAAGGGCGCGGGCGAAAGGGACAAGAUACAGGAUCAGGUCGACCGGAAGGCUGAAAAGGAUGCCAAGAAGGGGACCAAAGGGGCCAAGGGGACCGCGAAGAAGAGCGCGGCGGCUGGGAAGGGUAGGAAGAAGAAGGUCGAGACUGACGAUGAGAGCGAGUAAGAGGACUG